AUGUCGUCUGUUCGAUUUAAUACUCUUCAGUUAAAACCACCACUAAAUCAAAAGUCAAGAGCGAAUUAUGGAACUGCUGUGUUAAUAAGUGCAAUGGGUAUUACAUCUGUUGUUAUUGCAUAUUUCUCUGAUAAAUUCAAUUUUUUAAGAGCUCAUGCAUUAUCUACUUCAAAACAAAAUGAUUUUGUUAAUACUCGUGAAGCUAGGUUAUCACCUUCUUCGAAGGAUCGAACAGUUCCAAUUAUUGAGACUGACUCUCAGUCAAAUAAUGUUCGAUUUGAUUCUUCAACAACAGAUAACAAUCACCAUGAAGAUAUUAUCGAUCUAAAUAUAAUCAGACAUAUGCCAGUUGAAACAGCAAUUUUAACUACAGCACCAAAUGUUCCUCCACCAAUUACUAGACAUCAUCCAGUAAUACUAAAAGUUGAUUUAUAA